ACACCUACGCUAGGAGUCUCGAGGCAAUCAAAUCAUAGCAAGAGGAGCACAACCCCAGGCUCGUUCAAAUCUCUUUCCCACUAUACUUCAGAUCAAGAAAAUCAUGUGAGAGGCACAGUGUACACUGAUGGGCGAACCACGCGUCACUGGUGGUGGCGCGAAUCACUAGAUUUCAUUGUACUAAACUACAUUUCUGUUGCCAACAAUGAACAUCAUCGUCCUAUUUCAAGUUACACAAAUCAACUCGGUAUUACCCAUGGAAGCGUCUGGUCUGUUUGGUCUGUACCCUCCCCUCCACCUGGAUACAGCAAGCCCCAGGAAGUAAUAUUCAACGUAUAGGUCCAGCUUUCAGCGCCCAGCGAGUUUACGGAGCAAAUGGCGAUACUGACUGGUGUUUUGACCGCAUCUGCAUCUGCAUUGACAGACGCUAUGGAAGUUUACACACCAAAGAAGAUGGCCAUUUAAAUAUGUGCUUAGUUACACUCUUACCACUUCCCUGCUGUCAUGGUACUGUCAGAAGUGGAUUGGCGCCAACCCAAUACCAUUGAUCUCAGCAUCUACUUGGCUACUUGCGAUUCAUUUCAUAACGCUUGCUGCAGUGACAUGUAGCUAUCGAGUGUCGCCGUUCCAUCCACUCGCUGCGUUUCCGGGCCCAACUUUGCACAAACUAUCAGACCUCGUGAUGAUGUACACCGUCUCUACAGGUUAUCGUUAUCUAGAACUCAGCGCUCUUCACCAACAAUAUGGUGAUUUUGUGCGUAUUGGACCUAAUAAGCUGUCAAUCCUGUCCCAUUCUAUCCAACAUCAGGUCUACAAGAGUUCUCGAAGCUUGGACAAGAGUCUGUCCUGCCCCGUACCUGACGAUGACAUUCAGGGUUUGUUUUUCCAGACGAGUAGGGAGGCGCACGGGAUUGGACGAUCAAUUUGGGCGCCUGCAUUCUCGCAGAAUAUGAUGGACCAGUAUUGCCAUGUAUCAGAGAAUUCUAUAGCGCAACUUAUCGACUGUAUUGAAAGACGGAAAGAUGACAGAAAUGUCAUUGAUUUGGGCACUGCAUUACAGCAUUGGUCGUUCGACUUUAAUGCUCAUUUUGUAUUUGGGAACCAUAGCAUUGAUAUACGCUGGUCGGUGUGUUUGAUUCAUUUUUCUGACUAUGUUAUGUGCCACAGAGCAUGAUGGUCCAUGGGGACCCACAAGGCCUUGUGAGCAAAGGCCAACUGGCAACCGCGCAAUAUGAAAUACUCUGAGAGGUCCCAUGGCUACUCAACAUUUAUUGGCACUCGCCUCUAUCCAAGCCCAUACAUGUCCUUAACAAUUAUGCAAGAGAAAUGAUACGCAAAAGAAAAACUCUUGGUACACCGGAGUUGCCUGAUCUCUGCUCGUUUCUCUUAGGAGAGCAUGAUGAUAGUCAUGCCAACGAAUUAACGGAGGGUGAGCUGACAGCAGAUGCGAUGUUUGCUAUUCAAGCAGGGUCUGAUACCACUUCUGCCGUGCUCGCCUAUGCCUUCUAUCACCUUCUCUCCAACCCAACUACUUAUGCCAAACUUCAAGAGGAGCUUGAUACAGCAUUUCCAAAACCAAGUGAUGAAUUAUAUUUAUCCAUUCUUUACUCACUGCCCUAUCUCAAUGCUGUCGUGAAAGAGGAGCUGCGGUUAUCGACUCCUUUCGGCAACAUGCCUCGCGUCGUACCUGAUGAGGGGAUUGUAUUAGAUGGGAGGCAUAUUCCGGGAGUGACUGUUGUGGGAUCACCGACAUAUGCAAUGCAGGUGCCAAGAAAUAUUGGUCACCAGAGCCAACCAAGUUCAGGCCUGAGAGAUGGCUUCCUGGCGGGCUGGGCCCGGGGAGCAUCACCGAGGAAAACGCACUGGUUUCUUUUCAAUGUGGCAAGUUAAAAGGCCAUUUGGACGUCUAGGAAAACGGUAUGCCAUUCGAGAAUUGCUCUUGGUCAAUGCUCACCUCGUGCGGGCUUAUCAUAUGACAUUCCCACCUGGAUUUAAUGCAGGAGAAUUUGCACGGAAGGUCCAGAACUUCAAAACGACCAUAUUCGCGAAGAAAUUAGAAGUACAGCUGGAGCGGAGGAUGUAGUUUUGUCUGAGAUUGAUUUUGAUGGUUUGGUCAGGAGCUAACCAGUCACUCGGACGUAUAGAUGCAAGAACUGGUAAUAUUUUAUCAUAUUGAAUAUCUUCCACCAUCUAUAUAUAUUAUUCAGUCUGUAUGUACUAAAUACUGUACUAUACUUGUACCAUUUUCUUAUUGCUGAGGAGAACUUGAAGAGCAU